GGUCACUGUGCGGCACAUGGCACAUGGCCCACGUGAGAAAUGGCCAAUGAGAAUAAAACAAGAGGAAAAGAACGCGCGUGCCGUUUGAGCACUCCGUCAUAUUUAUUUUCGGUACUCAAUCUAUAAAAUAUAUUUGGCUCCAAUGAUCUUGACUCAAACGUGAAACUUUAUCAAUGACAAAGAUAUUUAUACAAUUUUUCAGUACAAAUUUUUGCGGGAUUCGUAAAUUUUCGAACCAUAAAAACCAUCGUCUAUUCGAAAAAUUAUUGAACAAGGAAUCUCGUGAAAUGAGCUUUGAGGAAAAUUUGGAAAAAUGGAAAAUUCAGUUGAUGAAUAUGUACAAUGCGGGUGUACAAGCAGUGCAGCCCGAUUCAAUUGUGGAAAAAUAUGUCAGCAUUACAGGGGACGAAAUGAAAAUUCAAGACACGGUUUAUAAAAUUGAUGAAAAUGUGUAUCUCGUUGGUUUUGGUAAAGCAGUGAUGGGUAUGGCUGCAUCGAUGGAAAAAAAAUUGGGCAAUCGUCUGAAACAAGGAAUCGUCAGUGUCCCCAGAAGUGCAAAAGACAAUUACUAUCACUGUAUGGAAAAAAAUAUGAAGUAUACGAGCAUUCCAAAUUUCAGUGGACCCGUAAGCUAUCGAGAAGGUUCAACGAACAAUCAACCGGAUGAGGAUGCCCUGAUAACAAGUCACGAUAUUAUUGACUUGGCUGAAGGUCUCACUGAAAAAGACACUUUGAUUGUUCUCAUUUCCGGAGGUGGUUCUGCUCUUUUCUACAUGCCGAGACCAACAAUAGAGACUGAAUCAAAAUUGAGAUUUUGUAAAAAGUUACAAAAUUGCGGUGCAAGCAUUAAGGAACUAAAUUUAGUGAGACAAAAAUUAUCUAUGGUGAAAGGUGGAGGCUUAGCUAUUAUGGCUCAUCCGGCUAGAGUUGUAACUCUCAUUCUUUCCGAUAUUGUUGGUGAUCCCAUAGAGCUUGUUGCUAGCGGCCCUACUGUAUACAGUGAAAAAUCAGCUGAGCAAGUUGCAUCCGUUCUGAAAAAGUACAACCUUUAUGAUAAAAUCGACGGCGAUUUAAAAAAUCUGAUCGUUUUAAAAGAGACGAAAAUCGACGAAGGAAAGUUCUUGAAUGCAAAAAAAGAGUUCAAACAUGUUGAUAAUUUUGUUAUCGGCAAUAACACAUUGGCUACAAAGGCGGCAAGCGAAGAAGCUCGCAGGCAAGGUCUUAGUCCUAUAAUUCUGUGUAAUGACGUGGUUGGGGAUGUAAGAGAGGUAAGCAGGGCUUACGCAAGAUUAGCAAGUCUCGUUUGUCGUGCCUGGUCCAAAGAUAUUGAACGAAAAGACUUCCACAGUUUGAUAAAUGAGGAUAAAGUUUUCAAACUGCCAGCCCGAAAAAUUGACGAGAUUUUUGGGUGCCUGGAAAAUUCGGGUGGUCUUGGCGUUGUCCUCAUUGCUGGUGGCGAACCGGAAGUAACGGUCAAAGGUGAUGGACUUGGCGGACGAAACCAAGAACUCGCGCUCAGUUUUUCCGUCGAAUUAUUCUCUCUGGUCAAAGAAAAUCCUCAGUUAACGGAUUAUGAAGUGAUUCUCUUGAGCGCCGGAUCUGACGGGCAGGAUGGACCAACCGACGCUGCAGGAGCUUUUGGAUACACGGCGAUCGAACCAAUGCUAAACGUUCUGAUGAAAAAGUUGAAAAAAAUCUCCAACGAAAACGUGCUGUCUCGGGAAAAUUCGAAAAAUUACACAGCUUCGGAAAUCGCCUCAAAAUUUUUCGUAGCAGAUAAGAUCGUACCCAGAAAUGCUCUGAACAACAAUGACAGCUACAAUUUUUAUUCGCGAUUUCGCAAAGGAAAAGAUUUGAUAAAAACAGGAAUAACUGGUACGAAUGUUAUGGAUUUCCACUUUUUACUCGUUAAAAAACGAGAAUGUGGUUGUAAUAUGGAUUUCGAAAGAGAAGAAUAUUGCCCGGAUCCAUUGGAGGAGCAUGACUUACACGAAGACAUCAGAGAUAUUGAGGAAAGAGAAAGACGUUUGAAAAUGGAUAACAAAGUCGAUGAGAAGGAACGCAAAUUAUUGAAUUUAAAGAUAUUGGACUCCAGUUUGACUGAAUACUGUUGCCAGAAAAAGUCGAAGUAAUCCAAUCGAUGAUUUCAACGAUUAUUUCUUAAAAUUCUUCUGAUUAAUGUCAAAUCGGAAAAACUACUCAAUCAUUUGAUAACGUUGUGAACUUAAUCGAUCGAAUCAAUUAAAUGAACCAUUGAGAUUGAUAAACUCAUUUACAAUCAAAUCCUCAUUUGGAACAUCGGAUUGACGGACAUUGGAAUCAAUAAAAAUAAUGCGUUUUACAAUGAA